ACUGUCUAUGGCAACCACAUGAACAUAAAUAUGGCGGAAUUGAACACAAAGAACUUUUAGCCACUGCAUUAGCUAAAUUAUGUGGAUGGGACAUCUUUGGAAGCUUAAUGAUCUGUGAAACUCGUUUUGCUAACGCUACAUACCUGUUUUGACAUUGACUUUAGGUGCUAAUAAACUGGUUCUCACUAAUGUAUAGCUAACUAGUAUAACGUUACAAAUUAGCUAGCACAUAUAGCUAGCUACAGUUGGUCAGUCAGUACCAUGCUAGAAGAACCAGACACGAGAAAAAAAUCGCGGAGUGAUCCGUCUAUGAACUGUCACAGACCCGCAUCAGAAAAGUCACAGGAUAUUUCUCAUGUGUUAGCAAGCACAUUCAAGGAUCUUUACACAAAAGACAUAAUCGGGAAAGACACUUUGUCCAACCUCAUCAAGACAAAGAAUGGACGAAGCAGCUACCAUGAAAGAUAUGUUGCAGAGCUUCAACAGGCUCAUUGUGAAUACAGCCUACGUAUAAAAGAGGCUGACAUGCUGGAGAGUCAUAUAAUUCAGGCCAGAGCUCGGGCUGCAGCCACAGAAAACCAGGCUUAUGAGAGAAUGAAAGAGGAGAUUGGAGAUGUUUAUGAUCACCAGAUCCAUCUCACAGUCAAAUCCGCCUUUUCCUGGUGCGUAGACAACGAUCUUCUUGAAAUGAACAACCUCAUUUCCCCGCAGGACUACUUAACUACACAAACACCAUGGGUGGAACCACCAGCAGCAAUGAAAUCAAAUCCUGGCGAACCCACCAUUGCUGACGCCGUGCACGUGUCCAGGGAGCCUCAGGAUGAUGGUUGUACUCUAGUUCCCAGUUCAGAAAAGAUCGUCUCAGGAAUUAAUGAAUCAGAUCUCAGCCUGACGUUUGAAUCCAUCUUAGAUACCCCAAAGAGGACAAAAACUUCUAAGGAGAGGCCCAACCAGUCCAAACCCAGACCAAAGUGGAAGGAUGAGCCAAGUGCAAAGGAUCGAGCCGAAGGAUGGGAAAAACUUCAUAAGCUAAAAGAUCGACACAGUUUCCUGCGCAAUCCUCGCUUCCUUCCACCGAAUGCACAGCAGAUUGGCACAUCCCUCGUACGGCCCAGGACCAAAGUGGGGAAGACAGAGCGUGUUAGGAAAGAGAUGGAUGGGCAAAGCUCAACUGAUGAUCCUGUUUUUUUAGCAAAACCUGCCACGGUGGUUUUCUCUGACUACAGUGUGGGGCACGUAUAUGAGACUAGUCUGGAGCUGAAAAACUUGACUUCUGCAAGCCGUACUGUACGGGUCAUCCCUCCUACCACUUCUUACUUCUGUAUUGGACUGGGGAGAUUCCCUGGUGAGGGUGGUGUUGUUGCCCCAGGGAUGAGUUGUAAGUACACAGUGCGCUUUGCUCCAGACUCCCUGGGGGAUUAUGAGGACUUCAUAGUGGUGGAGACCCAGGCUGAACUCCUGCUUGUGGUGCCCAUCGUGGCCAGAAGACCCCCUCCAAUACUCACAUUACCAAGAGUUCUGAACUGUGGUUGUUGUCUGGUUGGUGGAGUAAAAUGUGUCGAGUUCAUGUGUCAAAAUAUUGGCCUCAGUGCUGGGACCUUCUGCGUCAUCCCCAAGAACCAGUGGCCAGCCUCAAACCUCAGGUCUGUGGCAAGAACUUACUUUUCUGAGCAGCCCCCCUUUGCGGUCAGCCCGUCUCUUUUUGUGCUGCAGCCAGGAGAGGCCACUGUAGUGGAGGUGGUUUUCUUUCCCAGCACUGCUGAGAAGAGCUGUCAAAUGUUCACUAUUGUGUGUGACAACUGCCAGGUGAAAGACAUUUCCAUUGAAGGUUUGGGCCAGCUGAUUGCACUUGAGCUUGGGGCUGUAUCUGGGCAGAUUGAGCCUCCUGUGGUUGGAGAGGUACAUGAUCUCACUGCAGAGCACUUUGUCCGUUUCAGCCCAUGUAACCCUCAUUCUGGGCAACAGAAGAAAAUCAUCAUUAGAAACAAUGUGCACUUGGAGCUGCCUUUCCACUGGCAGAUCAUGAAGCCAAACCUGCACCCUCUGCUUCCAGGGGAAACCCCCGAGCCCUCCUAUAUCCAGUUCCACCUGGCCACAGAUGAUGUUUUCCACGUCAGCCCCAUAACAGGGGUUCUGGCGCCCUGCCAGGAACAAGAGUUUCUGUUCACCUUCUGUCCUAAAGAGUUGAAGGAUUACCACAGUGUUUGUCACUUAGUCCUGAGGGAUGUCCCCCAGCUGCCACCAAAGCCCAGUGACACUGGUGUCCUUCAGCCUGUGCGCACUGGCUCCAAGGUGAGUGAUGUCAUCGUCAUGGAGAUAGAGGUCAAGGGGUCAACAGAACAAUACCAGGUCCUACUGGAGCCCUACGCUGUUGUGAUCCCCGGAGAGAUUUUUAUUUGCACGACCACCCGCAGGCAAUUCAAGAUGUGGAACCACAGCAAAACCUGCAUCUUUUUUCAAUGGGAGACAAUGAGCAGCAGCAGCCACGUAAUAGAAGUAGAGCCCUCUAAUGGUAGAAUAGAGGAGAACGAGUGUUUUGAUUUUGACCUGAUUUUGAGUGGAGGGAAACCAGACAGGGUUGUGACCAGUCUGGUUUGCCAUAUAGAGCAUUGCCAAGAGCCCGUCACUCUGUCCGUGGAAGUCUCUUUUAAGGGUCCCAUAGUGACCCUCAGUGUGCCUAGUGUGGAGUUUGGGCUCUUGAAGCUUGGGGAGCAAACACAGACCGGGCUGAUCCUCACUAACAUCACCCAGCUGGAGGCCUCCUGGACAUUGAUGGAGAGGCACAAUAGUCAGCAGGACCAUGAUGACACACAGAUUUUAGUAAAGCCGUGCAGAGGUGUGUUGCCCCCAUUGGCCUCUUGCAGUGUGGAUGUGCUUUUCAGACCCCGAUUCUGCCAGCUAUAUGACACAGAGCUGGAGUUGAUGGUGGAGAAUGGAACAGGAUGUCACCUGUCGGUGCGAGCGGAUGUGCAGACCCCACAGGUUUGUCUGCUCAACUGUGAGCUGCUCCUGUCUGAACUCUACGUUGGAGUUCCUGCCACGGCAACCAUUACUCUCUUCAACCAGACACUUCUACCUUCAAACUUUAGCUGGAUGACUCAGCUCCAGGGUAAACAGGCUGAACUGUGUACAGCCAGUUUUGACCCCUCAUCUGGUACUCUGGGACCUAAUGCCAGUUUGGAGAUCACAGUUACCUUUACCCCUCACUCAGAUCUGGAGCUGACUGAGGUGGCUGCUCUCUGUGAGGUCCAGGGGAUGAACUCUCCUCUUGUUGUUGGCAUUGUGGCUUCCAACAUCCAGAAACUCAGUGUGUCCUACUUGCUACCCAGUGUUUGCUCCCCCCCAGAUGAUGAGAGCCUCUCAACACCGUUACUUGACUUUGGAGACAACGUCAUUUUGAAGAGAGCUGUUACUAAACAGUUAUUGAUAACCAAUCAAACGGCCAUCCCAGCCCCUUUUACCAUAGAGGCGGAGUAUUUCACCUGCCAUGCCUCAAAGCCGAAUAACAAGUCACUACAAAGAUUCACAUGCGUCAAGAAGCCGCUUCACUCCUUUCAAGCUAAGAAAGCAGAAGAAAAAGCCCACAAGGAGUUUGUAAGCAGCCUGCUGGCUCAUGGAAAAGGUGCCGCGUACUUUGUCCUACCUGACACUGGGAUGCUGGGACCUUUUGAGACCCAGACUGUUGAUGUCACUGCCUACACUGACAUGUGGGGGGAAUACAGAGAUCAUCUCAUUUGCAAAGUGGGGGACCUCCAGCCAACCCUCAUUCCCAUGCAGAUGAAGGUGACAGGCUGCCCACUCUACUUCCAAAUGAUAGGCCCACGUCCAGAUGCCCAGAACCAGGGACCAAUCACACAGUUUGGCACUCACGUAUCUGGAGGUGACACAGUGUCUCGUUCUCUUCGCAUCAACAAUCCCACCAUGUUUGAUAUUCGCAUUGACUGGGAAACAUAUAACAUAGAUCAGAAUGACCGUAAACUGGUGGAUGUUGUGGUGGCGUAUGGAGACCCCUUUCCAGUUAAAGAUGCUGAUGGCAAUGAAGUGUUGAGUGGAGCAAUAAGUAUUUCUGGUGGGGACAUUCAAACAGCGUGGGAAAGAAAUAAGACCCCAGGUUUUGAGAGAACAAGCGACUCCCUCCAGAGCAUGACUAGUGGAGAAGAGGAGGAGUAUGUAUCCGAGAAUGACUGUGAGGAAGAAGAAACCUGUCUUUAUCCAUCUCCUGCAAAGAAAAAUCUCAUCUGUGUCCACAUCAGACCUCAUGUGGGCAUCCUUUCAGAUUACCCGUACUGCAUCACACCUCGGCAAAUAGUGAUUCCAGCAAAGAGCAACAGCACCAUCCAUGUAUCUUUCACUCCUUUGACUCUUUCCGGGUCAGUCCGUGAGUCCAGAUGUGUGGGCCUUGCUCUGGGCUUUAUAAGUCUAGACUCCGAGAUGGCUGCCUGUGUCCCCGGUAAAGUUGGAAGAGCUCAGGGUUGGGAUUUGGAGCCUGUCAGAAUGGAUCUACUUGCAGUCGUUAAGCCUGCAGUGCUGUUAGUGCAGAUGGAGGAAGACGAGGGGGUGCUGGAGUUUCACGCCUCGGCCGGUGAUUUACUAAAGGCAGAAUCGGAGAAGCCGGUAGUUUGUGAAUUUGACGUCACACGGGCCCUUAAGCUGAAAAACAACUCUGAAAUGCCCCUACACUUCAGACUGGGGACUCAGCCUCCAUUUUUAGUGCUCAAGCCACAGCCUCGAGCUCGGACCAGCACCUCCAGCAACCCGCCCACUGGCGACAGCCAGUCUCUGGUGCUGCAACCACAACACAUCAUGCAGGUGAAAGUGGCUUUCCGCUGCUCACUGUCCCUUCUGGAUCAUGCAGACCAGGCAGUUGAGGAAGUCUAUCCCGGGGUGACACUGAUCAAAUGUGCCCAAGGGGGAAGGAAGCUGAGGUUCCAGCAAUACCUCCAGAUUCACUACAGCAACAACAGCCUGCAGACAGUGCCUCUCUGUGCCCAAUUGGCUCUUGUUACAAUGUGUCUGUCCAGUGACAGCAUCAACUUUGGAUUCUGCUAUGUGGGACAGACACAGAUAAUAGAAGUCAGCCUCUACAGCUAUGGAGCCCACACUUACUGGAAAUCAGUUAUAGAUGCCGGAGACUCCCAUGUGUUCAGAGUGACACCAGACUUUGGGCUUCUCAGGUCAAAGAAGCUGCAGGUAACCAGCUGCAGCCAGUGUCUCCAGAUCAGCUUCACCCCCAGUGAGGAGAGAGAGUUCAGGGCCAUUGUGGAGAUCCAGUCUCCUCUGGUGAAGACCCCCGUCACUCUGCAGCUCCAGGGAACGGGAUCCUUUGAUAUAGUGUACAGGUCCGAUUAGACGUCAACCUAACAUCACAGUCACCCAAUCACCACCUGCUCUCCUUAAAUCAACUCGUUCCUAAAUCCUUUUGUAAGUGAAUG